AUGCCCAGUGCGUCAACGCAGCGUGAUAGUAAUAGCCAAGGGUUCAAUCCAUCACAUGCUGAGUAUACGUGUUGCUUCCAGCAACUUCAUGCUAAUACAGGAUCAGCGAUAAUCGCUGCUUUUCAUAUUCUGGUCUCAUCGGCUGUACUAUCAUGGGUAAUUCGAUCAUUGGCAAAUGGAGGCAAAUCUCAGAUUGAAGCCGGAUUUGAAAUUAUUUUCGCUGCCACAGCACUCACUGUGUCGGUAGCCCUGAUUGCUGGUCUACGAUGUGAGAAUCGGCGUGUCAUUAUCACCUAUAUCGCUGCUCAAGUAGUUGCCAUAAGCCUUCUGUUUAUACUUUUCCUUGCCUUAAUCAUGGGGUUGAAGGCGGGGAUUCUCGACGAUCCUGAUCAUGACGGUUACAAAACUAUAGAGGAAGAGAUGCUGAUUGUCGUCGAAAUCCUUUGCUCGUUGGCUGUUGUGGCCUUGGAGGUCUGGUUUCUGACCGUCGUUAUCCGCUCAUAUCAUUUUAUCACCAAUAAACGGCACUAUAUGGGUGUUGACAGAGAAGAGCACGUCUAA